CAAGAACCGCUGGAAAAGCUCAAACGCGCAUCAGUUACAAGAAUGAUUUGACUCUCAACAAUACUCAGCUUUUACAACAAUUCUUCAAGUAGGAUCCCGAACAACUACUGACUCUCGGAGUUUGGCUGAAGGCCCCGGCAAGGCGAUGUGGAGUUGAAGAUGUAUCAAAAGGAUCCCUAACUUCAUAUGCUUGGAUUGUGAUGCUUAUUCACUAUCUUCAACAAGUCGAACUAACUCCCGUGUUGACAAAUGAUCCGUUUGAGGCGGAUCAUUAUUUGGCACAAAGAGUGGAUCUGUCAGUAUACGAAUACAUUCGAUCGUGUAUGGAACACUCGAAGAAAGUAUUCACGGAUCGCCGCAUGCGUUCAGAGUCAUCUCCCACCACCCAUCUCCAACCACACCGGAUCAUGGUGCUUUCGAGGAAUCGCUACGAGUCAAUUGGAUUACGUGGCAAAUUUUUUAAAAAUCAAAAAAAAUGCUAUUCGAAAAAUUGUAACCAUAAAAAAAUUUCCGAGGCUUUUCUUGCAAAAUCUGUCACAAAUCUAGCAUGCCAAUAUUGAAUUCGAGGUUUUAAACAUUGCCUUCGAAUUUUUGUUUUUCUUCUACUUUUGAAAUUGCUCCAUCUCUAAAAAUUAUUAACACUUUUUAAAACUAUUUUUUCCCUUUUUCCGUUUCAAAUAAAUUUU